CUUGGACGUUGCUGCCUCUCUCGGACACCGGAAGCUCACCGGAGAACUCCCACACCGGUAACGUCUGAAGGCGCCAUCGGAGAAGGUAAGUCGGAUUGUCUCUCCGUGACACCCGCUCAGGUUGUGACAGUGUACUCUGAUAGCCAGUCUGCUAUCCAAUUAUGCAAGAAUCAUGUAUUCCAUGACAGGACCAAGCAUAUUGAUGUCAGAUUUCAUUUUAUUAGGAACAUUGUGGAUGCAGGUUGGAUAAAGCUGUCCAAGAUACCUUCAGAAUUUAACCCUGCAGAUAUGGGGACUAAAUGUCUCACUUUUGAAAAACUGUUGUCUUGUAAGCGUAUUCUUAAUUUAGAUUGUGGCUAGAUAAGAACUGUAAAACAAGAAAAACCGGCGAUGAUGAUUCUCCCUUUCACGUUGUGCUCUACACCACCAGGGGGACCAAUAAGGUGGAGAUUGUUGUGGUAUUGGUCCACCUCAUCUAUGGGCCAUCCCUGAGCUGCCUUUUGGUCCACCUCAUUUAUGGAGUUGGUCUCCUAUUAAUUGUCCUGGCCCAAAUGGGCUGUCUACCCGACCAAGCCCAUCCCCCCGUUUUGUCUUAUAACUCAGCCCAUCCCUUGUGGCCCUCCCUUAUAUUGGCUGGUUCUUCUGGAAUCCUCCUAUUUCUGCCUCUCCGCCUUCUCUCUAAAAAUGACGCUUCAGUUCGGUUACCCUAGACCUAGAGUGAGAGAGUGUCGGUUUCCUCUGAGCUUUAGCUCCGGCUUUGCUCCGGUGAGACCUUUGAAAUCCUUCUGUGGGCUUCACUCUGGUCUGGUAGUGUGGUGGGUUAUCUGUAGCUUCGGUGGGUUCUCUGGGCUGGGGUCUGGGUUCUUUGUGUGAGGGCUUGUUGGCUGUCGCCCUUCUGUCUUCCCCGGUUGUAUCCCUGGUGGUGAGUGUGAGCAAGCCUUUGGGCUUGGUGGUGAUUGAGGUCUG